AUUGAUGGCAUGAAUAAACAAACAGAAGCAGACUUUGUCGAGACGCAACUACUUAGGCAACCCGGUGUACUGGAAGCCACUAUUUUGUUUACGUCCAAAACCUCACACGUAACUUACGACUCUCUUGCUAUCGGACCACGUGAUAUCAUCAAACAGAUUGAAAGUUUGGGUUACACGGUUCAACUCCAACAUCCUGAUCGAAAACCAUUCGGUGAACAUACUCCCUCGAACAGGUGGCGCAACUCUUUCCUCCUCAGUCUUUUCUUUGCUGUACCCACCAUGCUCGUUAUGAUGAUAUUCAUGGCAUUGUGGCCUCAUACAGCACCAGAGGGUUGCCCACCGCAUUUUCGUGAUUCUGACAUAAUCCGGUCUCAGUUUGGAAACAGCUCCUCGUCGAAUGCGCAUCAUUAUUCACUACGGAGCCUGCAUUCUUUAAGUGAACAACCAAUGGUGAUGCCCGGUCUUUCAUUGGAAAAUCUGCUUCUUUUUCUACUUGCCACUCCCAUUCAAACCAUUGGCGGUAGGUACUUUUACGUACAAGCCUACAAAUCUCUAACCCACGGCAUGGCGAACAUGGAUGUUCUGAUCGUGAUGGCAACGUCAAUCGCCUACGCGUACUCUGUCGUGGUGUUGCUUAUUGCCAUGAUUGGUCGUUGGCCGACUAGUCCGCGUACUGUGUUCGAAACAUCACCCAUGUUGUUCGUGUUUGUCUCGCUAGGUCGAUGGUUAGAACACGUGGCCAAGGAAAAACCUCGAAUGAUCUUUGCUGCAUGUCGUGAGAUCACCACUGAUUCUUAUCGAGCACCGAGUACCGCUCUGUAA